UUUGCUCUCCAGGUGGUACCGACCGCCAAGCUGACCAGGACUAUGCCGAAACCCGAGGAGCCACAACAGCGACUUGUUACCUUUAUGGAAGACGCCUCCUACUGGGUCGCUGAGCCUGAGGAGAUGAGGUUACUCGUCAAAGAUGAAGAGCCUUUCCUGACCUUCUGGAAAGAUCCAAACUUCCAGAAAGACCGUGGCGUCAUUAAUGCUAUGCUGUUGCUCGAGACCGGGAAGCUCCCCAAAGGAAUCAAGCAGGAAUCGUGGGCUCGGAAAGCGUGGUCGCAAAAGGACAUCCAGCGUACCUCGGAAACAAAUACUCCAGCAACGGCCCGGAAAAAGAGAUCUGCCUCUGAAAUCGAUGACACUCGGACGCCGGACUCGAAAAAUUCGAAAAAGCGACGCGUCUCUUACGGUACUACCCCACGAAAGAAACCGGAGCAGACGGUUGAGGAGACUCCGCUAGACAGUACACGCAAACCUGGCAAGAUCGGGCGCCCGCGGAAAUCUUCAUUGGCGACUCCGUUCGUGGCAGUAGAAGAGAGUCCGGAGAACGUCCAUAUUGACAUUGAGGCGUGUAGCACGGUAGAAAACUCGCCGUCCAAAGAUGAUGGACGCCAUACGAAAAGCGCACCGGCAACUGUGUCGCGAGAUCCCGUGCCUGCAAUUCAGGCAUCGUCUAGCACGCGUGGCAGUACAGGAAACAUGCGACGUCCGCCCACAGAACGACCUCCUCCGCUGGUUCGAAAACGUCCACGUAGGGUUCCUGUUGGCACGUCAUUCAUUAAGCCAGGGGCUGUAGCAGCUACGGCAAAGGCAAAAGCUAAGGAUGAGGAGACGGGUCAGAAGCCGAGCCGGGACACACUGCCCAAUUCGGUGGACGACAAGGAGAUGAUGGAAAUUGAUGUAGUGAACGACACAUCAACAGAACUACAUCGCAAUUCUCUUCUGGUGACGGAAACAACGGAGCUCAUGGCCUCAACGGUCAUCAUAAACGGUGAUUUAGAAGUCCCCAACGCUCCGACCUCAGUUCCGUCAAUCAGCAGGAUGCACGCGUCGGUAAUUAGCACUGGUUUCACCUCGACCUCCUCGCUAUCGUCAUUGGAAAUGUACUCCGAUUCUGACGACGACGAAGACGUUCCCCGAGACGGCUACGACAGCCCCGAAGCGGCUCCAGAGCCAUCCCGCGAUGCACCGCCAGGGGAAGUCAUGUCGGACAGCGUGCCGGUUUGUGAUAAGGCCGUGAUUGAUGAAACGAGCAUGGAGUGCGAUAUAGAUAUAGAUACCCCGGCUGCCCAUGAACCCGGAUGUGAAGAGGCGCCAUCCAGGCAACCGAUACCACAGGAUCACGUUGCGGGUUCCAGCGCAGGCAUGUCCGACGGCCGUAGCGCGCCGGCCUCGGAGAGCGAUAAGGUGAUAGACGAUGGAACGAGUAUGCAAUGCAAUGUCGAUACGGCGACCGCCGCUGAGCUCGAAGCCAACGAGAAAUCGAUCAUACAGCCAAUACCGGAGGCUCGGCCAUCUGAACCCUCACACGAGUGUGCUAUGGAUGUAUCGAAUGGCGCUCGGGCUAACCUGCCCGGUAUGCCCGAGCCGGGGAUACAGAGUGAUGCGACAAUUGGCCUAUCUCACAUACACGCGCUUCAAACGGCCCCCGCUGCAUCGUACGAUAUGCUCAGCGCAAGCACGUGGCUAUCCGAUAUCCUUGUCUCGCCACGGCGGUCGGUGCCCUCAUUACGCAAUUUGGCGAUGGUUGCAUUCAGGGCGAGCAAUCCGUUUAUGACUGAGCAAAUUCCUGUGGGAAGCGCGCUCGCGGACGAAGCCAAAAGCGGCAUGCAGGCCCUUUUAGAGCCAGUUGCCAAUAGAGGGCCUGCACAGCGGAUGGAGGGGUCAGACGCAGAGGAAGCAGACCAAGUGGACUCGGACGAAGAGGAAUUAUGCGGAUUUGUUUCACUGCCGGCGUCAAUGCGCGUAUCGACGACGAGUGCGUCCGCCCUGAGCCAUCUGUUUAUGCCAACGCCACGAAGCUGUUUGGAAGAUUCGUUGGCGGACGGAGCCCGUCCGGUGGCCGCUACUCAUCUGGGGCCUGCACAACCAACGGAGGUGUAUUUCGAGGCGGAGGAGUGGGGCCGCGCCACCCGUGUGGAGCCUGCACAGCCAAUGGAGGUGGAUUCCAAGGCGGAGGGGUCGGACCGAGAGGGAGACCGUCCAGUAGCCGCUACCUAUGUCGAGCCUGCACGGCCGGUGGAGGUAGAUUCCGAGGCGGAGGAGUCGGACCGAGCGGGACCAGGCGCAGAGGCACCCAAAUCGGACGCAGAUUCCGACACGCCAUUCGAAUUGGAAGACGAAACGACUGCACAGGCGUCCGAGGAGGAAAUAGGACCUUCAUCACUGGUGUCAGACUCGGAUGAUGAGGAGGAGCUGCAGAUCGAUCCCAAGCCCACCCUCCAAGCCCAUCCGAACACGCACGCAUAUGCCCUGGAAGGCCGUCAAGACACCGACCUAUAUGUCUCGGUCCCCUUCAAGAUCAACCUGCUUGAAUGCCCCGGCUGCCGCAUGGAUCUUAUGAGCAUAAUAACGCAACAGGGCGUGGACCACCACUGUCAGCUGGUCGUCCGGGCGCCGGUGGCUACAGUGGGUCAGAAAAUUGACGGCGUAUUCGUCCCGUUCGCGCCACAUCGCCAACUUCCGCGAAUGGCUCCAGCUGCCGGGAUAGAGAUGGGCACGCGUAUGCAAGACCGCACAUGACUUGGGUUGGGUCGGAUUACGCCAACCUUUCGUCUCCUUCUCUGAUGUUAGCCCCCUUACCCCUAAUGAGAACGAUCGAGUGCACGGAAAGUACAAGAAAGUACAUAUAUAGAGCACAAAAAAAGGCCGGGUGUGGCAGGCAGCGUUUCAGGUGGGGUACUUAAACUCUUUAUAGCUGGACUCUGAAUACGUACAGAACAGAUUGUGUAAUAUGAGGGGGCAUGCGCUAAAAACCUAUAUGCGUAUUAUGACUGAAUAGUGCCGACAAAACGUAUACCAUGACCAUGAAACGAGCAA